GCUGAGCGCCUGCAGCCAAAGCCCGGGGCCUCAGGCGCGAUGUUUCAGGACGAGCUUUACGGCCUGGGGGCGGCCGGGGCUGGUGCCGCCCGGGAGGCGCUUCAGGCCCUUUGUCAGGAGCUGAACCUAGACGAGGGCAGCGCGGCCGAAGCCCUGGGCGACUUCAUGGCCAUCCGCAGCACCUACAGCCUGGAGGGAGAAGUUGUACAUUGGUUGGCAUGUGCAUUAUAUGUUGCAUGCCGUAAAAGUAUUAUUCCUACAGUUGGAAAGGGCAUCAUGGAAGGAAAUUGUGUAUCACUGACCAGAAUACUACGUUCAGCCAAACUGAGUUUAAUUCAGUUCUUUAGUAAAAUGAAGAAGUGGAUAGACAUGUCAAACCUGCCACAGGAAUUUCGUGAGCGCAUAGAAAGGCUGGAGAGAAACUUUGAGGUGUCAACUGUGAUUUUCAAGAAAUUUGAGCCAAUUUUUUUGGACAUAUUUAGAAAUCCAUAUGAGGAGCCACCAAAAUUGCCACGGAGUAGAAAACAGAGACGAGUUCCUUGCACUGUUAAAGAUCUCUUUAACUUCUGUUGGACGCUCUUUGUCUAUACCAAAGGUAACUUUCGUAUGAUUGGAGAUGAUUUAGUAAACUCUUAUCAUUUACUUCUGUGCUGCUUGGAUCUAACUUUCACAAAUGCCAUUAUGUGCCCAAAUAGAAAAGAUUUGCUGAAUUUGUCAUUCAAAGGUUUACCACCUGAUUUCCAUACUUCUGACUUUAGAGCCUCUGAAGAACCGCCAUGUAUCAUUGCCACACUCUGUGAGCUGCAUGAUGGACUUCUAGUAGAAGCAAAAGGGAUAAAAGAGCAUUACUUUAAACCAUACAUUUCAAAACUAUUUGAUAGAAAGAUUUUAAAAGGAGAAUGCCUCUUGGAUAUUUCCAGUUUUGCAGAUAAUAGCAAAGCAGUAAAUAAGGAAUACGAAGAAUACGUUCUUACAGUUGGUGAUUUUGAUGAAAGGGUUUUCUUGGGAGCAGAUGCAGAAGAAGAAAUUGGAAGUCCUCAGAAAUUUAUAGGUGACACCCCGGCAGGAAAAUUGAUUACAAGAGUCCAAGUGGAAUGUAACCUUCAGCAGCAUUUUGCGAAGAAAAGAUCUUUUGCCCCUUCUACUCCACUGACUGGACGUCGGUAUCUACAAGAAAAGGAAGCUGCUACUACUCCUGUAGCUUCAGCAACCCAAAGUGUGAGCCGAUUACAGAACAUCGUGGCUGGACUGAAAAAUGCACCAAGCGAGCAACUUGUGAAUAUUUUUGAGUCUUGUGUACGCAAUCCUAUGGAAAACAUCAUGAACAUAGUGAAAAGCAUAGGAGAAGCUUUUUGUCAACACUAUACUCAGUCAACAGAUGAGCAACCAGGAUCUCACAUAGAUUUUGCUGUAAACCGAUUAAAAUUGGCAGAGAUCUUAUACUAUAAAAUAUUAGAGACCAUAAUGGUUCAGGAAACACGAAGACUUCAUGGAAUGGACAUGUCUGUUCUUUUGGAGCAGGAUAUAUUUCAUCGUUCUUUGAUGGCUUGCUGUUUGGAAAUUGUGUUGUUUGCGUAUAGCUCACCUCGUAGUUUUCCCUGGAUCAUUGAAGUUCUUGAUCUAAGUCCGUUUUACUUUUAUAAGGUCAUUGAAGUACUGAUUCGAUCAGAGGAAGGACUAUCAAGAGAUACCAUAAAGCACCUUAACAGCAUUGAAGAACAAAUUCUAGAAAGUUUAGCAUGGAGCAAUGAUUCUGCAUUGUGGGAUGCUCUCCACGUUUCUGAAAACAAAGUUCCUACCUGUGAAGAAGUCAUAUUUCCUAAUAACUUGGAGACGGGAAAUGUUCAAGGUCAUCUCCCAAUGAUGCCAUUGUCUCCCAUAGUGCACCCUCGUGUAAAAGAAGUUCGCACCGACAGUGGGAAUCUUCGACGGGAUAUGCAGCCAUUAUCUCCGAUAUCUGUUCAUGAGCGCUACAGUUCUCCUACUGCAGGAAGUGCGAAGAGAAGACUUUUUGGAGAGGAUACUUCUUCAAAAAUGUUUGUAGACAAAACUGCAACAGAAGGAACCAAGUUGAAAAUUGCUUCAUCUUCAAGUAUUAUUGCUGAAAAUGUCUCUGUUUUACCUGGACAGAGUCUUCUAACUGUGGCACCAGCUGUAGUAGCAGGAACAACAGGACAAAAAGUUACAAUUCCAUUGCAUGGUAUUGCCACUGAAACAGGAGGGAUCACAGUGAUACCUAUGCCAGUGAAUGCAAGUGAGCAAUCUAGAGUGGAGAGCCCUGUGCAAAUACCAAUUACUGCUCAGUCAUUAAGUGGUACUUCUCCAAAACAGUCCCAUGCAACAAAAGCUCUAGAAAUACAUCACACUGGAGUAGGUCGACCAAAAAGAACGGGAUCCCUAGCACUGUUUUAUAGGAAGGUCUAUCAUUUGGCAAGUGUACGCUUACGUGAUUUGUGCUUAAAACUGGAUAUUUCCAAUGACUUGAGAAGGAAGAUAUGGACAUGUUUUGAGUUCACACUAGUGAAUUGCUUUGAUCUAAUGAAAGACAGACAUUUGGAUCAGCUUCUUCUUUGUGCUUUUUACAUUAUGGCAAAGGUAACAAAAGAAGAAAGAACUUUUCAAGACAUAAUGAAAAGUUAUAGGAAUCAGCCCCAAGCAAAUAGCCAUGUUUAUAGAAGUGUUCUGUUGAAAAGAAUUCCAAGAGAAGUAAGCACGUACAAUAAAAAUGUAAAACAUACAGAAAUGGCAGAUUAUGAUUUAGAUUGUGCAAAAAUACCAGACUGUUCCACAGGAUCAAUGAAAGAAGAGAGAGGUGAUCUUAUCAAAUUCUACAAUGAAGUUUAUGUAGGAAGAGUGAAAUCAUUUGCACUAAAAUAUGAUUUGUCAAAUGAAGACCAUGUGAUGGAAGCUCUGCCUUUGUCUCCUUUCCCAAACAUUAAGCAGCAGCCAGCGUCACCUCGUCGGAUCUCUCAGCAACAUUCUGUUUAUGUGUCCCCACACCAGAAUGGAGCUUGCCUUACCCCAAGGACAGCUCUGCUCUACAGGUUCAAUGGCAGCCCUUCCAAGAGUUUGAAGGACAUCAACAAUAUGAUUAAACAUGGUGAACAAAGAAGCAAGAAGCGAGCAUUAACCAUUGACGGCGAUACUCAAUCACCAACUAAGCGCCUCUGCCAAGAAAAUGAUGACGUAUUACUGAAACGACUACAAGAUGUUGUCAGUGAAAGAGCCAAUCAUUAACACUCAUGUGGUUUCAGGAAAAAAAAAUCAUUCAGGUCAGUUCCCUAUUUUCUGAAAGAUAGGCAUUCCAUUGGAACGUCUAGCUCUGCACAUGGCACUGAGUCUACUGGGAUACCCUGUAUCGAAUGGUGCAGAAUGAUUUCAAUACUUUUUAUGUUUUUAUUUAUCCAAAAUGUGGUAUAAGACAGAGACUUUGCUUGGCAGUGGGACCUUUAAUCUAUAAUUGUCUUCAUACAAAUACUGAUUGGUGUUGGCGCCCACCAUAUUGAAAUUUUCUUUCUUAAGUCAUUAAGAAUGUAUCAGUUGCUCUUGAGGGGGCAAAUUACAUUCAUGUGGAGUUUUAUUCCCGUGAUCAUCUUUGAGAUCAGAAUUAGUGAGCAAUGAAGUAAAGUUAUUUCUUAAACCAUAAGGAUAUACUUUUGAAGGUGAAUAUCUCAUGUGCCUUUUUUCAUUUGGCUUAUAGAAUCUCUCACUGUUUUUAAGUUAAUGAAGCAGGGAGAAAAUUGAUUGUAAAUAAUGCUCUAAGAAGUUUUGAGCCAAACUUUUCUAAAAUAUGUGUCUAUGUUCUGCUGUAAAUGUAAGUAACCUAUUUUUGAUAAUGUUAAGAAUACCGAUAGCCAAAGCUUUUAUAGUUCUCAAUUGUUAUCAUUCUAAGACAGGAGUUGGCAACCCCCUCUAGCACUUGUGCCAAAAAGUGACAGGCCACAGAAUUACAAGAUCUUUAGAGUUGGAUUUGAUUUCAGAGGCCAUCUGGUCCAGCCUAUACCUCAAUAGGAAUCUCUGCUACAUCUCCAUCAAGUGGUCAUCUAGCCUUCACUGGAAGACCUCCAAUGGCGGUGAAUCUACUACCUCCCAGGGCAACCCAUUCCACUGUGGAAAGGCUCUCCUAGUUAGGAAGUUGAGCUGACAUCUAUCUUUGUGCAGCUUCCACCUGUUGUACCUAGUUUUGCUUUUUGGGCCAAAGUAGAACAGGUCUGAUUUCCCUACCAUAUGACAGCCCUUUACUUAAUGAUCCUGUUCCUCCUAAGUUUUCUCUUGUUCAGGAUAAAAAUCCCAUGUUCUUUGGAGACCAAUCUCCUCCUCAUUCUAGUCAUCUUUUGAACUUGCUCCCACUUAUUAUCAGGCAUCCCAUAAUGUCAAAAAGAAAAUGAAACUAGUCUGACAUGACCUAUUCUCUAUCAAGUUGUGAUUGCUAUUUCCCUUUCUAAAUGUUCACAACAUAAUCUUCAAAUUCUAGAAUUUUGCUGGGAAUUGAAGUAAUUUUUUUUUUUACUAGCUAUCAUUAGGGAUAUUGUCUGUAUGCAAGCCAUUAUUCAUACGUCCUAAGCUUUAUCCAGAAACUGAAAUCUUGUUCCCAGAUAGUAGCUUCUUAAUUUGCUUCCUAAAUCUCAAUUUUCCUUUUGAAGCUUCUACAAUAGUUAAGGGUAAUGAAAAUAUGCAUAUCCUUAAAAUAGUUUUCCAUUUCUUGCCAAAGACUUCACAAAUCCUUAGCAAUGUUUCCUUGGUUCCUUUUAAUGGUAUAAUUUAUCCUAUAAAUCAUCUGGAGUGGGUAGUGAUCAUCAUAUCUGACACUUCUCAGAACACUUUCUGUCAUAUCCUUGAUAAUGUUACCCAGGAAGAUACCAAAGCUGUUGUCUUUGACAACUACGUUGGUACUCAUAAGGAGGGAGUGACCAACAACCACUACUUGUCUCAAUGCCGACCUUGACUGAAUGACUUCUCUUCUGAUGGGAUAUUAGGAUCCAUAAGAAAUUGCUUCCUACUGAGGAUUUAGUUCCCCACCAAAUGGGAAGUGCUUCAUACCUGUUACUUAACUCCACAGAUCUUUUUUAAGUUAUAUUUGUCCACUCCACAUUUGUCUAUACUUUGGUACUGGUUAGGACUUAUCUCAAGAUUGCUUCUCAGUUUCUCCUCAAAGAACUUCCCAUUCUUUUAAGGGACACUUUUUUCCCUGAACUAGAGAUAAAUUCUUCUAGCCUGGCAUGGCAACCUGCUACGGUGACCUGUUUGACACACCUGCUCACUGCUUUGGUGGCUCAAAAAUAAGGCUCUCCUCUUCUCAAUAAGUUACCUUACAUACAUGUUUUUGAUGGGCAAUUAGUAGAUUCCUGCCAAGUCCUAAUUCAAAUAGCUUUCCUCAGCUAUCUUAUGAGGGUCUAAAGCUGAAUAUCAGCUCAUUUAUUCUAACACAUCAGUCUGUCACCCCUUUGCUGCUUCAACAGCAGGAUCAUCCCAAGACCUUGCCCCCAGCUUGGUCACAAUUCUUUACUUCUCUAUUAGUGGUUAUUUGAUAUUUAAACAUAGCUGCCAGCAUUGUUUGCCCCAUAUUCACAUAUCUCUAAAAACCCAGUACAGUAACAGCAAAGGGUGUGGCAAAUAUACAGUGCAGCACUUCCAUGUUUAAGUGGCUUGCCCAAGGUCACACAGCUUUGAAUCCUAGGUCUUUAUACUCCCCUAUCCUGUUACUUUGCUUCUAAGAAUAAGCCUUAUUAUUAGUUUCAAGUUUUGUGUAGUAUCUACACCUUCGUAAGUGAAGAUACAGCACUUCUUAAGUGUACAUAUCUCUAUGUAACUAUAACCAUUAUAUUCUUUCUACUUUCAUUGACAGCAUGCAAAAGGCCUGUACUUAACAGGAAGAACAUCUUUUUAUAGUUUAAAAAAUGUUUAGAUGAGGUUUUAAGUUGUUUGUUCUUUUUGUCUUAAUUGUAUUGCUUAAUAAUAAACCAUUUACAUUUUUCACUUUUACCUCCAAGAAACUUGUGACCAGAAAUAUUUGUGCCAACAUUUAAAGCCUACUGUUAAAAAUGUCAGUGUUCCAGGUCAACAGCUGCUAAACAUUAUCCAGGAAUAAGCUCCAAGGAUAUUCACAUAUACAGUACUAAAAGGACCUUUGAUGGUCAACACCUCCCCCUGCAUCAUAGUGUAUCUACUACCAAUUGUGAUACAGCACAAAUAAUUUGGCUUACCCCUUCUGGUUAUCAUGUUCGAUUUAAAACACUACACCAGGUGAGUCACCACCUAGAA